AUGCCUCACGUCUUUGUCAUCCCUCCGGAGGAAGAACAACAGGAAAACCCCCCUUGGUGUUGUUUCGACGCUGACCAGCCGCCGGAUGACAGCAGGGACUGUUCCCCAACCUCCCACCUUGACAUUCAGAUAUUCAACGUUCCCUUCACCUCACAGCCGUCGCAGACUCCGGCCGGCACGCCUGCCACUUGCGUUCCAGCUGUCGAUCCACCCAGAACGAAGCUUGCUAUGCCGAAAAAACUAGAAAAGAAGCAGCGCCCCGAAGCUGUUCGGAUCAUCGAGAAAACAGUUGAGAGAGGAAGAGAUUGCAGAGAUGUCCGGGAAGAUUCGGAUGUUAUUGAGGUGGUGAAAGUUAAACGCCCCAAGGACGACCUCACGGAUCCGGAAGAGCAUUCUAAAAUGAAGCGCACAAAGACGUUGAAAGCUCGUGCGACAAGAGCUUUUCAGUCUAUUAAGAAUGUUGGGAGGGGUUCUCGCAAGCAGCGCAUCAAGGACAUGUGGACUUCGAGCGAAGGCGUUCCUGGAGCCUUCAAAGGGAUGCAGGAGCACAUCCGUCAUCAGCAAGAACAGCUCCAGCAGUCACCACCUAUCACGCCCCCUUCGCUCUCUCGGCCCAAUUCUCGCCCACUUUCACAAAUCUUCCAGCCGAAGAAGACACCACAACCGCCUGCUGCGAUUUCUCCCAUUCCCGCUCCCCAGAACCCGCCAUCUCCAUCUCCUUCCAGAGUCGGGGACAGUUUCACUUCACCGUCCAAAAUCCUUGCAUUAGAACCUACCUCUAUUGAACCAACCACUCCCAAACCAUCGGGAAAGAACAAUAAGAGGUUUUCUGUGAGGGAGCUCCAUAAGGUCUUUACUUUUCCGUCAUCCUCACCUGGUGCUCGGUUACCCACUCAACGGACCGCACCAACCCCGCCGCCUGCACGCAACGAUUCUGUUCCAUCCAUGGCUAUAUCUACGGUAUCAUCGGAUGACGAUGAUCCCGUGGAAGAACCUUUUAGGGCUGUGCAAUUUUUCAAUCAUCGUGGCGAUGAGAAGUUAGUGGCGACGAUGCGCCAUCAUCCGGCCGUUAUUGACGAUGAAGACGAUUACGGGACACUUCUCCCUGGUCGCCCGCGCGACCUGAGCUUCGAGAUGCGGCUUGAUUCGCUGCAUUUUGACUCAUUAUCAUUCGAUCCCGAAGAUUUCAAUAUGUCUAUAGACUCCAGGAAUGGGGGACGCUGA